AUGGCAGACAAUCUCAUUUCUCUAGAAUCUUCCAUUACCGACGACAACAACAAGAACAACAACCUGGUCGGUAACAAUGGCAACAAUGGCGUCGCCCCUCCUAAGAACACGACAACGAAGAAGAACAAGAGCCUCAACAUUCUCAGGGUGGCUUUGAUGCUCCUCCGCCGCCGCUCCAGCAAGCCCAAUGCUGCUUCUGUUGAGGUUGCCUCUAAGGGCAUGUGGAACCGCCUUGUUGCCUCCAUCCGCCCUUUACAUGUCCAAAGCAAUCACUCACCUCAACAUCCUCAACCCAUUAUUGUACCCUCCUUUCCCGACGCCACGUUACGUACCUCGCCCUCCAUCGACUGCUUCGAGGAUGUUAAGUCGUCGUCUGCUUCUUCUGUUGAUGGCAUGAGCAGGUACGCUUCCGCCAUCAAUCUCCAAGAGCUCGACCAAAACAAUGAGGAUGACAACGAUAACGAUAAUGAAGCCGAGCCAAAAAUGGAUGAGGACGAGAAUGCGGAUGAUAUGAUUGAUGCAAAAGCCGAAAUGUUCAUAGCUCAAUUCUAUGAACAAAUAAGGCGCUCCAACUCCGACGUUCGUUACCGAGAGAUGAUCAAGAGAUCGAUCGGCUAA